CAAGAACAUCCCUUACCAAAGAAUUACUGAGACCGAUCUCAGCAAUCUCAGCGGUGGGAAGCAGUAGCUAAUAUUCCUGUCUGACGUGAUGGAAAUACAAAUCCGAGUGGAAUAUUGUGGCGGAUGAGGCUAUGAGCCCCGCUAUCGGGAGCUGCAGCGGGUCGUCACCGCCGAGUUCCCUGAGGCGCGGGUGUCUGGCUUCGUCGGCAGACAAGGGAGCUUUGAGAUUGAGAUCAAUGGACAACUGAUUUUCUCAAAGCUGGAAACCAGUGGUUUCCCUUAUGAAGAUGAUGUCAUGGACGCCAUCCAGAAGGCCAACGAUGGCCAGCCAGUGCAGAAGAUCACCAAAAGCCAACCACCUUGUGUCAUCCUCUAGCUUAUUGGCCCUGAUUACCACAACCCUUUGGCUAUUUGAGCAACAUUCCAUUCCUGCCUGUCAUUUUGCAAGCAGUUCCUCUCCUUGAGGCUACACUCUGCAAGCUGUGGGUAACUGAUGUGUGGAAUGGAUGUUCAGGUGUGCCUCUUCUCCUCUGCUUCUGAUGGUGUGCUUUCUGGACAUUAAUGAUUGCUGUAGCUAAAAAGUAAAAAGUUACAGUGUGAAGCUCUUAGUCCAAACACCUCCAAAAGAAUUGGAGAUGGGCAAACACCAGAGAAUUGAAAGGGUUUGUACUUUUAAAACAAAAAGGGAAAUAAAUACUAUUACUAGACUCUAGCGCUCCAGUCAGAUUAGUUUUUCCUAUAGUUAAUAGGAUUUGUAUGUUUAGACAGCCUUAAUGUAAAGUUUUCCAAUCUCAGUUAAAAUUAUCUGGUUCCAUCACCUGAAAAGGUCACACAGAACAAAGUGUUCCAUACGUGUGGGAAAAUUUACAAAUCUUAUUUGAGCACUUGAAUCUAACUUCUUUUUGGUUUUCAUAGAUUGGUUGUUUCAUUCAAAAUUAUUUUAAAAAUCUAGAUCAGUAGUAAUAAUUGUAUAUCAAGGGUUGCACCUACUGUAUUUACAUUAAGUCUAAGUUUGAUGAUCAGCUUUAAAAUGAGGAAUGGGUCUUUUUCAGUACUGUCAUUUUUCUUUGUAACUUAGUAAAAAUAUUGCAGUGUCAAUCAAAUGAAUGCUGCCAUCUUAAUUUAACUGCCUUCUACUGUGUGUGCGUGUGUGUGCUUUUGCUUGAUUAAACAAAAAUUUUGUUUUUACCUGCUGACAUAGUUGUAAUGGUCAUGUUAAUAACUUGUGCAGGUGAUCCUUAUCUAGACUGAGUGAAUGGUUUGUAUGUACUGUAGUUUGUGAGCCUGACCACUUUUUUGUGCUUAAUUGACAAAGCCUUUAAUAGUUACUGUACUUGGUUAUAUGGAUGGCAUCUCUGGGUUUCUAUUUUGCGGUUAGUUGCCAAAGUACAGUCGCAGAUUGGGGUGUACUAUGGUAACAAUUUAUUUUGAACGAUAUGCAAAGCAGAUAAAGUUGAGUCUGUACUGUACAGGUCAGACUUCAGCAGGAGGAAGCGCUAGCUGUCUCCUCUUACCACCUUCAGCUCAUGCAGGUUGUUGAGACUGAUCGACAUGUUUGAUGUGCUCAGGAAAUUGUCACAUUGAUCCUUUUAACCCACUAUGAGCAUUGUCUUCUGUUUACACUAAAAACUGUCAAUCUAUCAUGUAAUUGAAUAAAAAUAUUUAAAGCAA